CCAAAACAAGAAGAUUUUAUAUAGAAAUGAAUAUGAGUGUCUUACAAUAUUAUUUCUCAAUGAAGGCUUUGCUGCUUUGGGUUUUAAUGGUUUUUGUUCAAACUAGUGAGUACAUGGGUUGCUUGGAGGAAGAGAGAAUCGAUCUACUUCAUUUGAAGUCAUUUCUUAUUAUAUCCAUUCGGCCUCUCAAAGCUUAUAAUUCAGACUAUCUUCUUCCUUCAUGGGUCAACCAUGAGAAGAGUGAUUGUUGUGGUUGGGAGCGGGUCACGUGUAACUCCACCACAGGUCAUGUGAAAGAACUGUCCCUGAAAAUUUAUCGCCAUAUUAUCCUACUUAUGAUAACGAUGUUUAUUUCUAUUACAAAAGGGUGAAAUAUGAGGAACGUUGGUUGUUAAAUGUUUCCCUAUAAGAGCCUUUCAAGGAGUUAAGAAGUCUUGAUCUAUCCUUUGAUGCAAUCAAUGGUUGCAUAUGGGAUGAAGGCGGCCAGGAGAUAUAAAUUUGUAUUCAAGGUGUAUGCAAAUUCUAUGGCUCCACUCAAGGAGUUAAGAAGUCUUGAUCUAUCCUUUAAUGCAAUCAAUGGUUGCAUACGGGAUGAAGGAUUUGAAAAGCUUUCAACCCUAAGGAAUCUAGAAAUUUUAAACCUUGGUUACAACUUCUUUGAUGACAAUAGCAUUCUACAAUCUUUGGGUGCUAUCACUUCACUCAAGACUUUAAAUCUUAGUUGGAAUCACUUGGAGGGAUACUUUCCAGCUGAAGAAUUAGUUAUGUUGAGAAAUUUGAACACGCUGGAUAUAAGUAUUAACAUAUGUGCCUCUACUGCUCAUAAAGGAGACACUGCACCAACAGCAGAGCCAUCACAGCAUGUAAUAUAGCCCUUCACAGAUUGCAUUGUAUUCUGUUAUUCUCUACGGUCAUGUAACAAACUUAUUCUUUAUUCCCUCUUGUAAAAAGUCUAUAUAUAGACCACUAUUAGCACAAUGAAAUACAUGAGGAAAACUGGGGAGGAUGCCCCGACGACAAGAGGUCAACUGGAGGAUUCUGGAUCUUUCUUGGUAAGCAUCUGAUCUCGUGGUGCUCCAAGAAGUAGAAAACUGUUGCCAGAUCCUCCACGAAAGCUGAGUACAAAUCAUUGGCCUCCUCUGUUGCUGAACUACUAUGGCUUCAAACCUUACUCCGAGAACUUGGUCUUCCACUGCAUCAUGCUCCUACUCUUUGGUGUGAUAACUUUGGAGCAACCUAUUUAUGUGCCAAUCCCGUUUAUCACUCCAAGACAAAGCACAUGGAUAUUGACUACCACUUUGUCCGAGAUCAUGUAGCAGCCAACACCUUAAAAAUUACCUUCUGCAGCUCCAAAGAACAAUUGGCUGAUGUUCUAACCAAACUAAUCGUUGCUGACAGGUUCAUCAAGUUUAAGCCUCGUCUCAAUUUGGUUGACACCCCCUUGGACUCGAGGGGGCAUAUUAACAUAUGUGCCUCUACUGCUCAUAAAGGAGACACUGCACCAACAGCAGAGCCAUCACAGCAUGUAACAUAGCCCUUCACAGAUUGCAUUGUAUUCUGUUAUUCUCUACGGUCAUGUAACAAACUUAUUCUUUAUUCCCUCUUGUAAAAAGUCUAUAUAUAGACCACUGUUAGCACAAUGAAAUACAUGAGGAAAACUUUCCAA